AGAGGCAGAGCAUGAGAUGCCAUGGAGUGAAAUCAGCUGAGAUGGGGAGAGGGGGCAGGGACAGGGGUUUGCUCUCAGGUGCCUCUGAUGGGGUGACAUUUAGGAAGGGAUCAGAGGAAACUCAUGGGGUGAGCCUUGUGCAUCCCUGCGACAGGCAGGCCCUGGGGCAGCACUGGGCUUGACUGUGAACCAGACAAGACGCUGUCGCUGUGCUCAGGGGCUCCAGUGCAGGGAGGACAGACAAAAUAAAUGAUCACAGGUCUGAAAAAGGCCCAGAGAGAAGUGUUGUAGGAACCGUGGGGAUGUACAUAAAAGGAUCAACAUGACUUGGGAGGGUCAUGGAAGUGUCAGCCCAGCCUGAGGGUGUGAGCCAGGCAGAGGAGGAGGAGACCAGGGUCUGGGCAAGGCCCCAGUGGGUUGCUGGCAGCACUUGGUGACUCUGGAACCAGGAGGCUGCAGUGUGAGGGGACAACCUGAGCUGUCUGUUGUAGGGGGAUCUCCAUGUGCCUUCAUCCUCUGGGGAGCUGAGGUAGAGCUGCCACACGGGCAUGACAGUGUCUGAGAAGGACCGCACUUUGGAUUUAAGGGAGAGUGAUUGGGAAUGACAAGAACAGUGGGAGACCAGGGCCCUGUCCCCACAGCAGGACAAGGCCCCAGAGAAGCCAAGCCCAGAACUGAACUCUGGGAAGAACGAGAGGGCCUGGACUUCACUGGGUUGGGGGAAUCAGCACCAGUGACUCUGGACCAGAGCAGCAUGUGGUGGAAGGAGAAGAAGGAGGACAGUGCAGGGAUCUGGUCACCUUGGGAGGUCCAGCCAGGCCCUCAUCUCGCUGUUCCAUCCUCAUGGCUGUGCCUGAGAUGCUGGUGCUGCUGACCAGGUCGGGAAGGAGGAGACAGACAGAUGAAGGAGCAGGGUGUGGAGAGGGCAACAGGGACCUGCUUUGUGCAUGACAAGGCUGAGAGGCUGUGACACACCUGGGGAGUCAGCAGGAAGGUCCUGUCCCUUGUCCUGCAUUCAUCCCCUUUCUAGGAGAUUCUAAGCUUAAAGACCAUCCCGUCAAGAGGACAAGUUGCUCUGCGUUAGGGCAGACCUGCCCUCCCCUGAGCCUGUCCCCGCCCUUGCCCCCUGUGAAUCCCUUGGCUAUCCGUAUGGAUCCAGGAGAGACACCACAGCCUGUGCUUGUCCUGGAUGCCCUCUUAGCUAUGAAACCUCCUUCACUGUGGCCACGUGUCUACUUCUCACGGCCCCCACUUCCCCUUUCAGCAGCUUCCUGCUCCUUUGCUCCACCUGUUCCAUUCAGCUCUCUGUCCUCGUUCUCACUGGGGGUAAAGACAAGAGUUAAAAGCCAGGGUCUUAGAGGGAUUAUGAGGGUUGUUCUGCUCCUGGGUCUGGGUGCAGGGAGCAGGGAGCACAAGAGCAGGGGAGUCACAACCAGAGGGACAUGCAUCCUGGUUGGGGACUCAGCAUAGAUAGGACACUGUUGAAGUGUCUGGGGUCCUAGUGCCCCCUGUGGUCAUAAGUAGAGCCAGGGGUCUCAGGGCUGGACUCUCCUUGGGCACGUGGAAUGGAAGUUUGGAGUAGACACAGCCCCUGUGUCAUCACCACCAAGGCUAGAUAGGGAUGGAUGGCCUCACCUACACCCCCAGGGUUGUCACCCUGAUUACAAGGAAAUGACAGUGUUGCAGAUAGAGGAGGAGGAAGUCCCACCUAGAAGGAAACACCCAACUGAGCUCUGCUCUGUGGGAGAUGAGCCAUGGAGACUAGCAGGCCUGAGAGCGGUGGGGAUGGCCUGAGUCCCCUCUGAGUGACUCUGGAUUGUGAGUCAGUUGGAAUGAGAGCAGCAAAAGGCCCCAGGCCCCAGUGUGUCCACCCCAGCCACUAGCUGCUUUUCCCCUCAGCUCCCUGUGUCCUGACCCCUUGGUGAGCAGUCCCUCAUCAGUACUGGACGAAGGACAGAGAGGUGCAGAGAAAAGCAGAAGUGGGCACAAGGACCUCUGAAAGGAAGUUUGAGGCUGUGCCCGCUGGGCCCAUGCUGUUGCAGGAUACAUCCGUGCUGGAGAAAUGACCCCGUGGGGCAGGACCCAGUGGCUGCCCCCAGUGAUGCUCCUUCUCAGUGUUCCAGGCUGCCUGAUGCUGAUCGGCCCCAGUAUGGUGACGGGUGCAGUGGGGGAAUCUCUGAGUGUGCACUGUCAGUAUGAGGAGAAAUUCAAGGAAAACGACAAAUACUGGUGCAGAGAACAGCUUUUUAAACCAUGUGACAAGAUUGUGGAGACCAGAGGGUUAGAGAGAGAGAAGGCGAAGGGCCGAGUGUCCCUGAGGGACCAUCCUUCCCAGCUCAACUUCACAGUGACCCUGAGGAACCUCACAGUAGAGGAUGAAGGCAUAUACUGGUGUGGGAUUCAUGUAACUUGGGCCAAAGACGGACUGCUUCUGUUCGAUCCCAUCUUCCGGGUGGUGGUAUCUGUGUCCCCAGCCCUCACCACAGCCUCCAGCUCUGAGAGCUCCACAAGGACUCUUGGGCCUCCCACGUCCCUGCCAGCACACACCAGGCCCAGCACAACCGGGCAGGAGACCUCCGAACUCAGGUCCCUACUCAGCAGCAUCCACUUCCUGCUCCUGGUCUUCCUGAAGGUGCCUCUGCUCCUGAGCAUGCUCAGUGCUGUCCUCUGGGUGAACAGGCCUCUGUGGGGCCCUAGGGGGAAGCAGUGUCAGCCAGGCUCUAAGAGCCAGUAGCCCUGGUGCCCAGGAUGCCCUGUCCAAAAGCUCAAGACACUUGGGUGGAAUCAGAACGAGCCUCUCAGUGACAAACCCUGUGUUACCAUCCCAGUCUCUAUUGGAACACUCUCUUUGUUAAUGUCUUAAAAACUUUUUCAUGUACAUGAUCCCCACACAAAAAAAUGAAUAAUAAAUAUGUCCUCUCUGACUACGAGUGCACUUUAGCAAUGAGUACGCAACUUCCAACUAAAAAUACAACAUCGCCAAUACUUUGGAAACCUCAGAAGGUCUUCCUGAUGUGUGUAAUCCUUCCAGGAUGAAGUAUUGCUUUGGGAUCAUUUACUCUUUUCACAGGUGAGGCAGGUCCACAGCUUCCACUUCACCUUUGCUGCCCUAAUAGACCACACAUCACGGGUCUGGCGCCAGUGUGAGGAUUUUGCCAGUUGCUUGGUAUGGCUGAUUUCAGUACCAGGGACCUGAUGGGCUUGUAACCCCAAGGAUCUCUGUGUGUCAUGCUGUUCUGAGGAGUCCUUGGUCAUGGAGCCCCACCCCUGGGUCUUUUCACCCACUCAUUCAGUCAGCAAAUAUUUAUCAAGAGCUCACCAGGUAGCAGGCCCUGAUCUAGGCAUUGUAGUCCAAUAAACAGACAAAGCUCUCUGCUUUCACAGACCUUACAUUCUGCGCGCUGAGAAAACAAUGAACAAACAGGAAAAUCCAUACACACACACAGAGACAGAGAGGCAGAGCAUGAGGUUCCAUGGAGUGAAAUCAACUAAGAUGGGGAGAGGGGGCAGGGACAGGGGUUUGCUCUCAGGUCCCUCUGAUGGGGUGACAUUUAGGCAGUGAUCAGAGAGGAGUCAUGGGGUGAGCCCUGUGCAUCUCUGCAGGAGCAGCACCGCAGGCACAGGGACAGGCAAGUCUACAGAAGUCUCCAGGGAAGUUUCCAGAUGCCCAUCUGGGCUGAUCAGGGAGCAGAUGUCUGCAUGGCCAGGGUCCCCCAUCUCCAGGGAUCACUUUCCUGCCUCCUGGCUAGAAAAGGUCACACUAGCAAUGCGGACCCCAACCCUCUGAUGGUAGGUGAGGCCUGGGGGGUGGUUCAUUCAUCUGCUUCUCCACUCUCCAGGCCUUGCAUGGACUUGUGACAGGCAGGCCCCUGGGCAGCACUGGGCUCGACUGUGAACCAGAUAAGACGCUGUCCCUGUGCUCAGGGGCUCCAAUGCAGAGGGGACAGACAAAAUAAAUGAUCACAGGUCUGAAAAAGACCCAGAGAGAAGUGUUGUAGGAACUCUGAGGAUGUACAUAAAAGGAUCAACAUGAUCGGGGAGGCUCAUGGAACUGUCAGCCCAGCGCCAGGGUGUGAGCCAGGCAAAGGAUGGGGAGACCAGGGUCUGGACAAGGCCGGAGUCAGUCUGAAAUCAGACUGCUGCAGCAUGAGGGGACCACCUGAGCUGGGUGUGGGAGAGGAUCUCGAUGUUCAUUCAUCUGGUGCAAAGGCGGAGGCCCCUGGGAAGUUUAGGCAGGGCUGUUGCAGGGCAGGAUGCUGUCUGAGGGGGACCAGAGCUACAUGUGGUGAAGGGAGUAGGAGGGGACACAGCGUAGAGACCUGGUUACCAUGGGAGGUUCAGCCAGGCUCACAUCUCCCUUGAUCCAUCUUGAUGGCCAUACCUGAGGUGCUGGUGCUGCUGACCAGGGGAAUGGAAACCAAUUGUUGUACCUUGGAUGACCGCUUGCAAGCGGUCCAAGGGGAAAUGGUCGGAUGUGGGGGCAGAGUGUGGAGAGGGCAACAGGGACCUGCUUUGUGCAUGACAAGGCUGAGAGGCUGUGACACACCUGGGGAGACAGCAGGAAGGUCCUGCCCCUUCUCCUCCCUUCGUCCCCUUUCCAGGAGAACCUGAGCCUAAUGUCCAUCCUGUCAUGAGGACAAGCUGCUCUAGGUUAGGACAGGUCUGCCCUGCCCUAGGAAGGCCUGUCCCCACCCUUGCCCCUGAGAAUCCUCUGGUUAUCCCCACGGACCCAGGAGAGAACUCAUAGCGUGUGCUCCUCACAGAUGCCCUCUUAGCUAUGAAACCUUCGCUAUGGCCACUGGGGGUGGAGUCAAGUCUCUGCUUCUCACUGCCCCCACUUCCCCUUUCAGCAGCUUCCUGCCCCUCAGUUCCACUUGCUUCAUUCAGUUCUAUGUCCUC